AUUCUGUUAUGUUGUUCGGAGGCUGAUGAUAAUAAUGCACAUCGUAGUAUCUGAUCGUCGCCUCAUCGACUCGCUCGGUGCUCGACUCUCUGACUGAACAACUCGCUGCGCUCUGACCAGCGCAACUUUUGCAGCGACUCGACAGUCCACAGACAUGUCGCACCGGAGCUGAAGUGGAGCCCGUCCCCGCGGCUCAUCAUCGGAGCCUCCCGGAACACAACCGCAGGUGGCUUUGGGACUGCACAGCCCAUCUCCUCCGCCGCUCCCCUCGCGUCGGAUGCUACGUUUUAAAAAAGAAGAAGAGGAAGAAGAAGACCAGAAGAAGAAAGAAGAAAAAAAACGUCUGGAUAUGAAUUAUGAGCGUUUCCUUCACUAAUGAACUGGGCCAGUAAUGCAGGAGACCGCGGCGACUCUCUCUCUCUCUCUCUCCCCCCCCCCCCUCUCACUCUCUCUCAUCAGUGUGUUUCAAGAUGGCAGAUUUUCAAUGAGUUUUGAACAGAGAUCUCGCUUUAUCUUUUUGCCAUGAAUAACAGAAACCCUUGCACCGAUGGCCCCUGUAUACGAAGGUAUGGCCUCGCACGUGCAAGUGUUCUCCCCUCACACUCUCCAAUCAAGUGCCUUCUUUAGCGUGAAGAAACUGAAGGUGGAGCAGAGUUGUAACUGGGAUAUGACAGGGUACGGCACCCACAGCAAAGUCUACAGCCACAACAGCAGCAAGAACUUGUCGGCCGCCACCGGCCCCCUCGGCAUCAACAGCUCCCUGCAGGUCGCCAGCUCCACACUGCCCUACGACCAGGCACUCAUCUUCCCAGCCAGCGCGGGCCACAUUGUGGUCGCCUCAGCCAGCAGCACUUCGGGGGCCGUGGGGUCUCUGCUGGGCAGCGGGGGUGGAGGCAGCAGCAGCAACAGCAGCGGCGGUGGAGGCGGCGGCGGCGGUGUGGGUGGCGUCGUCGGUGUUCACAACCUGACGCGCCGCAGCACGGUCAGUCUCCUCGACACCUACCAGCGAUGCGGGCUUAAACGCAAAAGUGAGGAGCUCGACAACAACAGCAGCGUGCAGCUCGUUGAGGAGCACGGCCAACCGAUGAUCCAGAACGGUGCAGCCAGCGGAGCCCCGGUGGCCACGGUGGCCGCCGCCACCUCCACCUCCACGUCCAAGAACAUCGGCUCCAACAGCGAGGGCGACUACCAGCUGGUGCAGCAUGAGGUGCUCUGCUCCAUGACCAACACCUACGAAGUGCUGGAGUUCUUGGGGCGGGGAACCUUUGGACAGGUGGUCAAGUGCUGGAAGAGGGGCACCAACGAGAUCGUGGCCAUCAAGAUCUUGAAAAACCACCCGUCGUACGCGCGGCAGGGUCAGAUCGAGGUCAGCAUCCUGGCACGUCUCAGCACGGAGAAUGCGGACGACUACAACUUUGUGAAGGCCUACGAGUGCUUCCAGCACAAGAACCACACGUGCCUGGUGUUUGAGAUGCUGGAGCAGAACCUGUACGACUUCCUCAAGCAGAACAAGUUCAGCCCCCUGCCGCUCAAGUACAUCAGACCCGUUCUGCAGCAGGUGGCCACAGCGCUGAUGAAGCUGAAGAGCCUGGGUCUGAUUCACGCCGACCUGAAGCCGGAGAACAUCAUGCUCGUGGACCCGUCUCGGCAGCCCUACAGGGUCAAAGUCAUCGACUUUGGCUCGGCCAGCCAUGUGUCGAAAGCAGUCUGCUCCACGUAUCUACAGUCCAGAUACUACAGGGCGCCAGAGAUCAUCCUGGGCCUGCCGUUCAGUGAGGCCAUAGACAUGUGGUCCCUGGGCUGUGUCAUCGCCGAGCUCUUCCUGGGAUGGCCCCUCUACCCCGGAGCCUCCGAGUACGAUCAGACCCGGUACAUCUCACAGACGCAGGGCCUGCCUGCCGAGUAUCUGUUGAGCGCGGGGACGAAAACCACCAGGUUCUUCAACAGAGACCCCGACUCCACCUACCCUCUCUGGAGACUUAAGACUCAAGAGGACCACGAGGGUGAAACAGGGAUCAAGUCCAAGGAGGCUCGCAAGUACAUCUUCAACUGCCUGGAUGAUAUGGCGCAGGUGAACAUGACGUCGGAUCUGGAGGGGAGCGAAAUGCUGGCAGAGAAGGCCGAGAGGAGGGAGUUCAUCGACUUGUUAACAAAGAUGCUGACCAUCGACGCGGACAAGAGGAUCACCCCCAUCGAAACGCUCAACCACCCCUUCGUCACGAUGUCACAUCUCCUCGAUUUCCCGCACAGCAAACAUGUGAAGUCGUGCUUCCAAAACAUGGAGAUCUGCAAGCGUCGCGUCAACAUGUACGACCAGAGCAAGACGCCCUUCAUCACCCACGUGGCCCCCAGCACCUCCGCCAACCUCACCAUGACCUUCAACAACCAGCUGAACACUGUGCACAGCCAGGCCACCAACCUGGUUCCCUCCACCAACAAUGGCACCCUUUCCUUUGCAAGUCCUGAUGUCUCCAUACUAAACUACCAAUCUGCACUCUACCAGCCCUCCGCUGCCUCCAUGGCAGCCGUGGCCCAGAGGAGCAUGCCCCUGCAGCCGGGGGCCCCUCAGCUCUGUGCUGCCCGGCCCGACCCCUUCCAGCAGGCGCUCAUCGUCUGCCCACCUGGCUUCCAAGGGCUGCAGGCAUCACCUUCCAAGCACACCAGUUACUCUGUGCGGAUGGAGAAUGCUGUUCCCAUAGUGACGCAGGCACCCGGUGCCCAGCCUCUGCAGAUUCAACCUGGCCUGCUGACACAGCAGGCCUGGCCCAGCGGCACCCAGCAGAUCCUGCUGCCUCCAGCCUGGCAGCAGCUCACCCACAGCUCAGUCCAGCAUGCCACCGUCAUCCCCGACUCCAUGAGCAGCACACAGCCUCUCGCCAACUGGAGGAAUUCCCAUCCACAUGGCAGCCAUUACAAUCCCAUCAUGCAGCAGCCGGCCUUGUUGGCUGGCCACGUCACGCUCCCAUCCAACCAGACGCUCAAUGUGGGAGUGGCACACGUUAUGAGGCAGCCCUCGACCAAUAACAACUCCGCUUCCAAAAAGAACAAACAGCACCAGAUGUCUGCCAGGAACAUGUCAGCCUACGAGGUGUCGUCCUCUCAGGCGGUGCUAUCCCCGCAGCGCUCCAAGCGGGUGAAAGAGAACACGCCUCCGCGCUGCGCCGUGCUACAGAACGGCUCGGCCUCCAACUUCCCGCCCCCGCAGAGCUGUGGGGGUGGCGGGUGGGGGGCUAGCGAAGCAGAGCAGGCUUCCAGCACCACCCGCGACCACCAGCACCAGCACCACGUCCCCAGACAGACCAUCAUCAUCCCCGACACGCCCAGCCCUGCAGUCAGCAUCAUCACCAUCAGCAGUGACACGGAUGAGGAAGAGGACCACAAACAACACAAGAGUUCAUCUUCAAAGCAGCGGAAGAAUGUCAUCAGUUGCGUGACGGUCCACGAUUCACCCAACUCCGACUGCUCCAGCAACAACAGCCCUUACACGAUGGAGUCCAGACCCCCCAACAACUACAGCUACGACACAAAGACCACCAUCCUGGACAACUACAACAAUGGGAACCCCCGCACCAUCAUCAUUCCACCUUUCAAAACCCAGAGCAGCGAGGUCCCAAAUGAGUGCGAGCGCCUGAUGCCAGAAGCAAUGAACCAUCAGAAUUCAGCUUACAAAUUCAAAUCCUCCAAUGGAGUGGUGUCUGGCAAUAAUCACUUUCACGGGGUCGUGACCGGAGGCGGGUCCUACCGACUACACUCCCUCCAGCAGCAGCCUCUCAAUCUCAGCCAGGCCCAGCAGCAUAUGCUCGCUGAGCGAAAUGGUCAUCGGCGCCAGCAGGCCUACAUCACCCCCACCAUCGCCACUCAGGCCCCGUACUCUUUCCAUCACAACAGCCCCGCUCACACGGGCAACGUCCACCCGCACCUGGCCGCCACACACCUCCCCAGCCAGCCCCACCUCUACACCUACACAGCCUCUGCUGCUCUGGGCUCCACCGGCACCGUGGCCCACCUGGUGGCGUCACAGGGCUCAGCGCGCCACGCAAUCCAGCACGGUAGCUACCCACCGAGCAUCGUCCACCAGGUCCCGGUCAGCAUGGGCCACGGCGUGCUGCCUUCGCCCUCCUUGCACCACAGCCAGUACCAGGCCCAGUUUGCCCACCAGGCCUACAUCAGCGCUUCGCCUGCCUCCGCUGUCUACACUGGAUACCCUCUGAGCCCCACCAAGGUCAACCAGUACCCUUACCUCUAGAGAAGACACUGGAGAGCCUGAGCCGGCGCCGCUGCUGCCCCGAACCCUCCCGCCCUGAACCCCGUCGACACCAGAAACAUCCUCUCCUCGACCUCAGACAUGAACAGAGACAGAGGAACAUGCAAUCCUCAUGAAACUGUCACGUAUAACUUGAAGAUAUAACGACAGAGAGAAAAGAAGAAGAAAAAAGAAUUCACAGCCUCUCUAGAAGGGAAAGAUGGGGUUGAAUUUCAGAGGGGUACAGUUCAAGACAUUUUCUUUCCAUUUUUCUUUUUCUCCUGAAAGGGCCAGUGUUUGUGUUUUUUUGUCUAUUCUUCACUUUUCUUUAUGAGGAAAGUGACGUCUCAUUAGUUUGACAGGGAAGUUUGAAACCGGCCUUUUGGGACAGCGGAGGCUUUCUGCUUUGUUUUCUUUUAUUUUCCCCUCUUAAAUUUGUGAAGAGACUGUUGAACAGGGGUUACUGACUGGAAGUUUGGAAUCCCAAGACAUUUGGGAGAAGGUGAAAUACGGAAAAACCUGCUGCUCUUCAAAGAAAAGGAAAAAUAUAUUGAUGGCCUUGAACUGUCUUAAUAUUUCCAAAUCAUUCAUGGUGUGGGGAGAAAAGAGAGGCAACCCCCCCCCCCCACUCCACCUUCUCCAGCCGAGGAGGCUUCUGGAAAUAUAACCAACAGAAGACAACAAACUUUUUAGUGUAUUUAUAGAUAUUCUGUUCCUUUACGUUUCACUUUUAUGACGAUACUUCAGUUUUAGCUAGGUGUCUUAUUGGACCCCGUUCUUAGAAUGUAGCAGUCUGCACCUGUUUGUUUUGAGAAGGAAACCUUCUUCUUUUCCCCCCCGAUACCAAUAGAUUUAUUUGUUCCUCUUUUUUCAAUGUGAUUGCACAAAGUGGUUAUAAUAACAUAGGCAUGUACAACGUGAUUGUCUGUGUGUGCUACUGUCAGCCAUGCGUGUGUAGUCCACCUCCUUAAAACUCUCUCCAGUCUUUAGGUUUUGACCAUUGUUCCCUCGUAGUGCCUUACAGAUAUAACGACACCGUUUACUUGGCUUGAAUCCUGAAAGCCUCAAGAGACGAUAGCGAUACAUACAUACAGAGACAUGUUUCCCUGGUUUGACAUCCUAGUCGGGGCAGUCGAGUCGUAGCUCUCUUCCGGGUGUAGGCUCAGCCCUUGCUGUUUCUUGUCCUUAAAUGACAGCGUACUAUAGAUGAUGAAGAUUAAUGUCAGAGUUGAUUUCACGCUGAGCUAUUUCAUUAUGUGUGCAUGAGAUAACUUGCCUGGGGUACUUACCAAAGUCAUAGAUACAUUCUUGUUACAUUUUGCUCUGGAUAUUAAUGUAAAUAUGAACGUGUACAGUCUAGCUGUAGCUGUAAACCUCUAUCACAGUGGCACCCAAAUUGUGGCUUUAGUUUGGAAUAUACUGUUUAAAAAAAAAAAAAAUGUAUAGUCACACAAGGGAAUUCAUGCAUCGUGCAACAGCGCAGAGAUAUUCGCUCAGUUUUCAUGUCCAGGGAAUGAGUGACAGUACAAUGUUCGAGACACAGUAGAGGUCGUUCUUUUAAGGUUUAAAGCUAGUCCGAGAGAAGGGCCUGACGGAAAGUUAUGGUUGCCAUGAGGGUGGGUCUGUGAGGCCCGGGGAAGCCAGGCAGAGUAUCGAGGGUGGUUUGAGAGGGAAGGGGCUGUUUGAAGGCGUGGGGUCAGUUUAGGUAGGGACUGUCGAGGGCGGGGUGAAGCUCUCUGUCUUAAAUGGGACUAAAACGGUAGCAAGUUGGCACUGAGCAGGUUGAUAGUGACACUGAGCAAGGGUGGUCGGUAGGAGCCGAAAGGGGGGCGGGGCACUACCUCGCCUGAAUUGCACGCUUACACUUCUGACAUGGAUUCUUUUGUUGUCGUCAUUUGUUGCUGAUGUUGUUUUGUUCCUCCAGCAAAGAUAAUUGCAAGUUAUUAUUGGGGCUUGAGACGUGGGUUUGCGAGAACAGAGCAGAAGGGAAAUGCCACAGCGUACACCUGGAAGGGCAGCGAGUGGACCAUUUGUUGCCACUGUCCAUUUGUCUUCGCGCCAGGUACACACACACACACACACACACACACACCACAGACAUCGCCACGCCAGCCGAACGGGAUACCUGAACUCUUAGAGAACCAAUAGGGAUGUCAAUUUGUGUGUUUGCUGCUUGAUUAAACAUAUUCUUCUUUUUCUUGUAGCCAAUGAUACAAAUAACUCCUCUGUUCAUUUGUCCUCUUGAAUACAUCAGUUCCACUGGUGGUGUAGUGAAAGCCUUCCCCUCUCCUUCAUGGUUUGCCAUAGUACUUGCAUUUGAAGUGAUUUUUGUUCUUCUUUUCUUUUUUAACUUAACAUUAUCUUGAACUUUUUGACAUGGCUGUAGUACAUAUUGUGUUUAUUUUUAGAGAUUGUUGCAAUAAUUCUUGUGGAUGUGUCUUUUUAUGAUAUGUCAGGCUCAUUUCUAUUUUGUAACCCGGAGGUUGAUGUACAGUGAUGUUUAGUAUUCCGUGGAGGUGGGUGCACCUGUGUAAAGUGUUGCAACACUGCUGGUGACAGUAGGUGUUGAGUUGGUGAUAACCCAACGGGGCCCUUAUAGAUAGUUGCUUUGGCUUGUGGGGGCCACAGCCAGGUAAGGAAUACAGAGAUCUGGUAAAAACAUCACUUGAUGGGCCCCGGAGUGGUUUUGUCAUCCUGGUACUCCCCUCCCCCCUGACCCCCCCCCCCCCUCCUCUCAACUCUCCACUCCCCGUCAGCUCCAGCAUGCAAGCCCGAGGUCCGGAUAGUUAACGAUGUGAUGACAUAGUACGUAGCUGGUUACAUCAUUCUUCUCUGUUCUGUUGUUGUCUUUGUAUUUGAUUUGAUUGACUUAAUUUCCUCUCGGGGUUAUCGGGGCCUAAGCACACACACAUGCAUAAGGGAGAGGAUUAUCCAUUGCAAUCUGUUGGCUCCUCUGUGAUGAGACAGACUACUGAAACAUUCCACUGUUUGAGGGAAUCGGGCGUUACCCAUGCUCCACUGCUGUCCCGUCGGCAUGGGGGUGUAGCAUUGUCACACUUUUUUUUGCUUCUCCCACCAAAGAAUCCAACAGACCGAUCAUGUACAGAGUUCAGUACGAGCAAUCCUCCACAGCUUUGCUCGAGCAGCCGACAGGCAAUAACUUUUGGUCUCGUCUUUCAACGCUUCAUGAGUAAUUUUGAGGACAUGUUGUGUGUCCCCUCCCCCGAGCAAAUGCAUGUUCACAAGGACGAUUUUACAUAUUUAAAGCAUACAGCAAAGUAAUCCAUUUGUUUAGGAUCUGGAUGUUCGACUAUGAGAAGAGCUGCAGUCUGUUUUGAAGCUUUUUUUGGUUUCACUUUGAUUUGUCCUCACACCUGUCAAUGUUGAAUGAUCAAUAAGUAUCAAACCUCUCUCCAAAUUGAUAAGCCAGUUGUUGUUAUUUUUGUUGUCGUUUUUUUUUUUUACGUUGUUGAUGUUGUAGCUUUAUUGGUGUUUGUGUAUGAAAAUGAAUUUGUGAACUAAAAAGUUUGUUUUACAUUAGCGUGCCAUGGAAUAGAAUGACCUGUAAAAUUGAAUUAAUCAAAAAUGUACCAACUAUACCUUUAAAACCACGGUCACCCGCACAAAAUGAAUGUAAUGUGUGACCUGCGACAUCUGAAAAUGGCUUUAGAUCUUUCUCAGUGGGUGACCAUUCAUUUAAUUUCUACACCGCAAGUGGCCAUGCAUGAUGGAAUAAUUAUAGAUCUGAUCUCCAGCAAAAUCCCAUGUUAGAGAAGUAAUUUAAAACUACUACUGUCCUCAUGAUUAGGGGGUGUCAAAUAAUUGAUAUUUCCUCAAAUGAAAGAUCCAUUUAGCGCAACAUUGUGGGAAAUUAAUUGAUGUGUAUGAUACCUUUGUCUAUUACUCUGUUCCACAUAACCAAUGUUUUGUGUUUUAUUUAAAAAAAGGGGGGGGAAUCAGAAAUGUGAGCAUUACCGUAGAUCGAGUGACCUUACAAUUACCAAAAUGUGCUUAAGUAGAGUGUAAAGAUGUGUUGUGUUGUUGAGGUGAGCGUAGCCCUCCCAACUAGCGCCACUGUUAGAGUCCUGCCUUCCAGAUAGCCAACAAUACCUCCAAAGGUUCAUGGUGACAUUUAAAAACUAAACAAGGCAGUGUCUCCCUCUCUUUGAAGCCCGGCGUUCUCCUAUAAAAUACACUCACACUUCCAGCUCUGCUCAUGGUGUAGUUGUGAUCACUCCUCCCCCUGGAGCUUUGGAAACACUGGGACACAUUCCUUCAGACUAACAGAAAGGUGACUUGGAGAGCAGACGACCCGCAACAUCAACCCGCACAAGCGUCAGUAUAAAGGGUGGUUAGGUGGAUUAAUCAUAAACUGAUGUACGCUGUCGCCAGGUAAAUUAUAAUCUAUAGCCACACAAGCAUUCUUAAAGCCCUUUCGGAUGAGAGUAAAUGUCUUUUUUUUUUAACUUUUCGUUGAGUUCGGAUCCUUUUGCUCCUUGGGGGAAUUCAGGGUGAGGUGGUCAAGGUUUGAUGCCAAAUGAAUGGAAUUAAGAACCAAAACUGAUUAAAAUACGAUUGUUUUCCUACUAUCUUAAUUUAUUCUAAUUUAUGUCAAACCAGGCAAGGAUAUGGAUCCAUUUGUAUCACUUUAAAUUCCCUAAAUUGCUGUGUUGUAAGACCUUUGGUCCUACUCUACAUAACUGAACCAUGUAGCGUUUACCAUCUUACUUUCAGAGAGAUUUCCUAGUCUAUUUUUGUGGUGUUAACGGAAUCUGGAGGUGGCACCCCAAAGCUACAGGUCAGAUUUGCCUGCUUACACUUCAACAAUAUUAAUCUCCAGCUAGAGGUCAAAAUCACAAUUCCUUUCUGGUAGAUUCUCAAAAUUUGUAAAUUGCUCAAUUUCUGCGCAACAAUACGUAAUAAGUGAUUCUUCAGUUUAUUUGCAUUUUCUAAAGACCUAAGAGUGCAUCAAACCCUGACCCCCUUUAUGUCCAUUGCUGUAUGGUUUCUCUAUGGUGUAAAAUCUCAUUCUUUGUCGUUAAAGCUAAUGUGUGCUGCAGUAUUCCUAGUAUACUUCUCUGUUAAUUGUCUUUUCUUAUUUACUUUUGUUUAUUGGGGUGUGAUGUCUCCUUAUUUCAAUCUUCUGAUCUGUAGCGUUCUACGUAUACCCUGUUCCUUAGCCUAAUAUUAUUAAAUAUGUUAUGAGAAUGGAUAUUUUACUGGCUUUAUAGAAUGUUUAAAUAAAUAUAAUAAUGACAAUAAGAAGAAGGAUUAAUUAAACCUCCUAAGAAGUUGAGUACUUGCUACUAAGCGCUUGUGUUACCAUUAUGAUGUUGUGUGCUUCUCUUAAUCAUUUUCGUUGUAGAAAAAUGGAGUGAAUUUAUAUUAGGCUUCGAAAAAACUAAUGAUAGCAUUGUAAAUUUUACAGGAGGAUUUUAACAGACAAACAGCUUCGUCAAAUAGAAGAAUAUAGUUAUUUUAAUUGUCCUCUUUACUAACUGUAGGGUGAGAAGGGGCUCGCGUUGUGGUGAACUAUGUUAUAGCUUGUUAUUCACUGUUACUUUUGAUCAUUUUUUCGGUCUCCGAGGUGAAUCGAGUUAUUAAUGAGAAUUUGUAUGCUCACAUAUGCAUAUUGUAUAUGUGUAGAAAUGUAAUCACACUUUGUCUUGGAUUUACAUUAAACUGUUAAGUCACGGCA